AUGGUAGACACACAGACGCCUACCAAGCCUGCUCAACAGGCAAAUGUUGUUAACUUGGAGAAAGAUGUUCUUAUAGGAGUGCGCUUGCGUGUGAGCUUUGGCUCACGCGCAUUUUGGGGCACUGUGGUGGACUGCUAUUGGGUCUCGGGUGGGCUAUUUUACAAAGUGAGCUUUGACGAUGGAGAUGUGGAUAUUUUACCAGCCGAUGAAGUGAUGCGAGACGCAGAAGCAGCUAAAACACAUGCGAAAGAGAAUCCUCAACAUAAAAAUAAGCAAAGUAACUCAGAUACAGAAGAGAAAGACUAUUUUCCUACGAUGAGAUUGCAUAAACUCAAGCGAAAACGAGACGAUGGAGUUUACAAUUCAGCGAGUAACGUUCGCCAAGUGAAUUUAUGGGGCCAGAGACUCUACGCAUCCAUUUACACCAAUAAGAAGAACGAGACAUUUGUGAAAGAGUUUCUUAAGACAGAGGAUGGACAAAUAGGUGAGAUGGAAGCCACGGGACAAGUAAAAAUCGGAGACAUGAUUUUAGCUGUGAACGAAAUUCGGGUGCUGGGUAUGCCAAGUCGAGAGCUUGCAGAACUGAUUAGAAAGCCCAAACGCCCUAUCAAGUUGAUUUUGUAUCGACCUCAGCUUUCGAACCAGCUACCACAAGAGGAUCAAGAAGAACAUUUAUUUGCAGCAUCUAGUGAUGUAUCGACGACAACAUCACUGCAGACGCAACAUCAUGCGCCACUGUUGCCAAACGUUUCGCAAGCGCCUGCACUUUCAUUUGUUACUCCUGAACAAGCGUUAGCAAACCAAGUACCAGUGAGUCGAAUGGAUGCUCAGCAAUGGACUCAGUCGUCACAGCAGCUAUUGACUAAGGAGUAUAUUUGGGAACGAGUGAGGCAGAAUAUAUUAGCAAGACAAGCCGCUGAUAGUGCACGCGUACCAGUCCCCAUCAGUGUACAUCUCACUCAUCCGCAUCACUUUGUACCGACUUUUACUAACACAGCGGCUUCGGGUUUGCCUGUGUCAGGCAUUCAACCUGCGAAACCAAUGUUUCAGCCGUUUGGAGCUGCAGCACAAGCCAUGGGAGGCAAUCAACGACAAGGCAUUACCUCAAUCAACAACGAAACUCUACAGCAAUCGCUGACCCAUCGCAAUUCAGUGGCUACCACAGGUAAUACUUAUGAUCUCACGCAGUCUCCACAGACCACGACGACGGAUACUACGAUGAAUGUAGUACAGCAAAGCGUAUCGCAAGAUGGUCAGCAUCACAACUUAGCUUCAUCUCGACAUCCGAAACAAGCAGCAACAAGUGUUCAGAACACUACAAAUAGUGUUAUAAGUGAAGAUACCAGUAGACCGGUCGCUUCAUCACCAACAUCGGGUUCAAGAGCACGUACAACGGAUAACAUCGCAUCGACAGCAGAGUUGACGACAAGACACUCUUUAUCUUCUAAGGGUUUGCUGAAAGAGUUAGUUCCGAACAGUUCGUUGUUGUCAUCAUGUGGUACGCCAGAAACUACGGAGAUAGAAAACGCAUCGGGUACAACGUCAUUUCUGUCGUCAAGUACAUUGGUUGAUAAACGGACUGAAUUUGAGUCGAUAGACAAAUCCCAACCGAUGUCUUUCUUGUCGCCAAAUGAUUUUAACGUAGAUUUCGAAGCGACAACGCGUUCAGUGGAACAGAUUGAAACUGCAGCAAAGGAGCCAGACGAAGUAAAAUCAAACGUUGGUCUCGUAUUCGUCAAGGUUUCUCGGAGCCGAUUAUGUUUGACACUAGGUAUUCAGGGGACAUUGAUCGCCGUCACCUCUUUCGUAUUAGACGAAUUUGGUAAACCUGGUGAAGUGGAGUUGAGUGGCAAGGUGUUUAUCGGUGAUGUCUUAGUGCGUAUUAACGAGACUAAUAUCGUUUCAGGCAUGACGCCGAACACUGUAGCAGAAAUAGUCAACAGUGUCCCACGACCUCUCACACUUUGGUUUGAACGUGCGUCUUGGGAAAUUCUAGACGGUAAAGCAUAA